AUGUACCGGGUGAUCCAGGUGGCUGACGGGCAGCUGGACGCGCAGACCGAGGGCACCAGCGCCAUCAGCGGCUACCCGGCCACGCAGUCCAUGACACAGGCGGUGAUCCAGGGCGCGUUCACGAGCGAGGACGCGGUGGAGACGGAGGCGGCGCCCACCGAGACCCACUACACCUAUUUCCCUGCCACGGGCGUGGCCGACGGCGCCACCGCCACCGCGGCCACCGCGGCCACCGCCGUGGUCACCACGCAGAGCUCCGAGGCGCUGCUGGGACAGCCCACGCCCACAGGGCAGUUUUUCGUGAUGAUGUCACCGCAGGAGGUGCUCCCGGGCGGGGCCCAGCGCUCCAUCGCCCCCCGCGCCCACCCCUACUCACCGUGA